CAUUGUUUUCAAAGCGGCUGUGUGCUUUGCCACGGCUGCUGUGGUUGCUGCUGCUGUUUUUUCGCAAUGUAUUGACGCCGUGCUGAUGAUGCAGCUAUGUAGCAGAAAGAGGCAAACAGCUCGGCAGUUUUGUGAGUGAGUUUACAUAAAGCCCAGUCACGCGCUGCUUGGGUACAGUCGGUGCUGGUCGCCAAAUAAGGCAACAUUUUCCAAAUACGGAAUAUACAAAGAAUAUACAUAGCUAAGAAAGCGAAUAACGGUGCAAUCGCGUUGAGUGACCCGUUGUUAAGAAUUCGCUGCCACAGCGUAUCCUUGAGACUUUGCAAAUUUUCUGCGCGAAAAAAAUUAAAUUAAUGAAAAAAUAAUUACGGGUGAAUAAACGAAGACCGCGUCUUCGUGAUUAUAUUUAAAUAAAAUAUCAAAAUUUCUUACGUGACUUGACGCUUAAUAAAAAAUAAAAAUAAAAAUAAAAUAUCAAAGUUUCUGAAGUGACUUGGUGCUUAAUAAAAAAACAUAAAAAUAAUAAAUCGUGAUCCUUAAUGCUUAAAUGUUUUAGCUGAGAUAAAAACAGCAAGAGUUGACAUUUAAAUAUCAAAAAAAAAAAUAAAACAAAAAAAAUAAGUCCUUAUCUCUCAAUUCGCGCUUAGUCCUAGUGCACUUCGCUACGCAAAAAUGCCUUACACUACUUUGGACGAUCAGAACAAUCUCGGCUUGGUGAUCGAUGAGGAGCUCGCUCUGGAAUUGGCCGAGUCACAAGCCGAUAAGGGUGAUGAUGUGCUCGCCAAUCGCUUGGAGGAUAUCAGUGAACAUCUUAAGCAAAUAAAUCAUCUCAAUCAAUAUAUGCAACUGACUGAAGAAUUGAAUGAACACAAGAAGAAUGAGGCAGGUCCUUCAACUUCCCGAGGUUGUCCUGUGGCGCAUAUGCAGCGUCCCAUUCGCUUGAAGAAUAUCGAGGGCAAACCAGAAGUGUACGACAAGUUGCAUCUGAAGGGACAAGAGAACUUGUCAUGUUCCCAAUCGAAGUGUAUGGGCAGUGUCAUGGGCUUUUCCACAGCCUCGUUGCAGCCACGCCAGCAAGAAGAAGUACUCGGACAAGCGAAGGACUUCUUGGAACAGUAUUUUGCUUCAAUGAAAAAAGCUUCGAGUCCCCGCCACGAGGCCCGCUGGAAGGAGGUACAGCAGAGCAUUGAAGCCACUGGCGAAUAUCAAUUAACCGAAGCUGAGUUAACCUUUGGUGCCAAGGCAGCCUGGCGUAAUGCUUCCCGUUGUAUCGGACGCAUACAGUGGUCCAAAUUGAAGGUGUUCGAUUGCCGUCAUGUGACCACAACAAGGGGCAUGUUCGAGGUCUUGUGUAAUCACAUCAAAUACGGCACAAACAAGGGUAAUAUUCGUUCGGCUAUUACAAUUUUCCCUCAACGCACCGAUGGUCUUCAUGAUUAUCGCAUCUGGAACAGCCAAUUGAUUUCAUACGCUGGUUAUAAGCAGAGUGAUGGCACCAUUGUUGGCGAUCCAAUAAAUGUUGAAUUUACAGAGGUUUGCCUGAAAUUGGGUUGGAAGAGCAAAGGCACAGAGUGGGACAUUCUUCCACUGAUAGUCUCGGCCAACGGUGAAGAUCCUGAAUUAUUCGAAUACCCACCGGAUUUGGUAUUGGAGGUGCCCUUUUCACAUCCAAAUUAUGAGUGGUUCGCCGAACUCGGUCUGCGCUGGUACGCUCUGCCCGCUGUCUCGUCGAUGAUGUUCGAUGUGGGUGGCAUUCAGUUCACCGCAACCGCAUUCAGCGGUUGGUAUAUGUCCACCGAAAUUGGUUGCCGCAAUUUAUGUGAUACAAAUCGACGAAAUGUGUUGCAGACCGUGGCAAAUAAAAUGAAAUUAGACACUCGCACCACGUCAUCCCUGUGGAAGGACAGAGCUUUGGUAGAGGUGAAUUUAGCUGUGUUGCACUCUUUCCAAAGCCGAAAUAUAACCAUUUUGGAUCACCAUACGGCCAGUGAGAAUUUCAUGAAACAUUUUGAAAACGAAUCGAAAACGCGCAAUGGCUGUCCGGCUGAUUGGAUUUGGAUUGUUCCGCCACUUUCCGGUUCAGUGACGCCUGUCUACCAUCAAGAAUUCGCACUGUACUAUCUGAGGCCAUCAUUCGAUUAUCAGCAUCCCGCCUGGAAGGUGCACGUAUGGGAGAAGGAACGUGGUGAAAUCAAACCAAGACGUAAAUUCAACUUUAAGCAGAUUGCAAGAGCUGUGAUUUUCACAUCUAUCCUCUAUGUGCGCGCUUUGUCUAAGCGUAUUAAGGCUACGGUCCUCUAUGCAACUGAGACUGGAAAAUCGGAGCAGUAUGCCAAGCAGUUGGCUGAAUUGCUGGGACAUGCCUUCAAUACACAUACUUACUGCAUGGCCGACUAUGAUAUUUCCAGCAUAGAACACGAAUCACUUCUGUUCGUAGUUGCGUCUACAUUUGGCAAUGGUGAUCCACCAGAAAAUGGCGAGCUGUUCUCGCAAGAUUUGUAUGACCUGCGUGAAAAUGCGGAAACGGCCAAGGAUGAAAGAUUUAUAAGGUUGAGGCUUUAA